GGGGCGGGGCGGGGCGGAGGAAAGCUCGUGAGGGGGGAAAGUCGAGGCGAGGCGAGGCUGGGGGGAGGGGGCGGAGGAGGGGGCGGGGGAGCCGGUGACCCGGAUGUUCACUCCUAGGCACCCGGGGAAGUGGAAGCGCUGGGCCCUGCUGCCGCCGCUGCUGCCGCCGCCGCUGCUUGAGGAGAGUCACACACAGCGGACCGACGGGGACUGGAAGUGGGGCCGCCGCCAUGAGUGACCAGCAGUUGGAUUGUGCCUUGGACUUAAUGAGGCGUCUGCCUCCUCAACAAAUCGAAAAAAACCUCAGCGACUUGAUUGAUUUGGUCCCCAGCCUGUGUGAAGAUCUUCUAUCCUCUGUCGAUCAGCCCUUGAAAAUUGCCAGAGAUAAGGUGGUGGGAAAGGAUUACCUUUUAUGUGACUACAACAGAGAUGGAGAUUCAUAUAGGUCACCUUGGAGCAACAGGUAUGACCCACCAUUGGAAGAUGGGGCCAUGCCAUCCGCUCGCCUACGUAAGCUGGAGGUAGAAGCCAACAAUGCCUUUGACCAGUACCGAGACCUGUAUUUUGAAGGCGGUGUCUCCUCUGUCUACCUCUGGGAUCUGGAUCAUGGCUUUGCGGGAGUGAUCCUCAUUAAGAAGGCUGGCGAUGGAUCAAAGAAGAUCAAAGGCUGUUGGGAUUCCAUCCACGUAGUGGAAGUUCAGGAAAAAUCCAGCGGUCGCACUGCCCAUUACAAGCUGACCUCCACAGUGAUGCUGUGGCUGCAGACCAAUAAAUCAGGCUCUGGUACCAUGAACCUUGGAGGCAGCCUCACCAGACAGAUGGAGAAAGAUGAAACCGUGUGUGACUCCUCCCCACAUAUAGCCAACAUUGGACGCCUGGUAGAGGAUAUGGAAAAUAAAAUCAGAAGUACGCUGAAUGAGAUCUACUUUGGGAAAACAAAGGACAUUGUCAACGGGCUCAGGUCUGUGCAGACUUUUGCAGACAAAUCAAAGCAAGAAGCCCUUAAAAACGAUCUGGUGGAGGCUUUGAAGAGGAAGCAGCAAAGUUAGACUCCUCCUCCCGCUAACAAGCCGCGCUGUGCACUCACUAGAUUCCUUCCUUAGAGAACUCUGCCUCCGCCGCUGCCCUCCCCACGUCACCUAACAACCCGCAUCCGAGCUGCGCCAUCUCCUGUGAAUAAAGCUCUAUAAGUCUGAGACCGACUUUCCACCACAUUUUCCUACAAGACCUUCCUUCUGGGUUUCCAUGGAGACCACAAGUUGUUAUUGGGUUGAUUUAUUUGUUUUAUUUGUUUUUUUGGUUCUCUCCCCCCCCCUGUUCCCUUCUUCCCCCCCCCCUUCCCCAAUCCAUUUAUAGACAUCAAACACAAUCCAUCUGUAUGUCCAGACCCUCCUUAUCCCCUUCCACCUUUUUUGUUACAUUGGUGUAAAAAAUGUAAAACAAAAAAAAUUUAUGAAAUACUGUGGUGUGUGAAAGGAAAAACUGGAAAUCCAAUUCCACGUGUGUGUGUGGGAGCUGUUUGGGGUGGGGGUGGGGGGACCCGAGAGGGAUUGGUGAGGGAGGAGGGGAAGCAGCUCUGAGAGGAGGCUGAGGUGGGUCCUCAGUGUUGUUCUCUAGACUCACCCCCAGUCCCAAGGAGAUGCUAUUUUCGGGGAAGGGUGGGGGGGGAGGGAGCGGGAAAUCUGCUUUACCGUUCUGCUCUUCUAUCUAGCCUGAAUUCAGGCGCUUUUCUGUCGAUUUUUAUGGAAUGCAAAAAGGGUUUUUUUGUUUUAUUUUGGUUUUUUUUGUAAAGCUUAAACUGAAAAAAAAAAUUAAAUAAAAAUAAAUCUACAUCUUA